AUGGCAGAAUGGUUCAAUAUAAAACGACGUAGUAGCAUGAGGGUGUAGGAGAAGCUGGCUACCCUAGAGUCUAGGCAAAAAUUUGUAGUGUUAAAGGAAUACAAUUUUAAUAACGGGCCUUUGGUAAACGUUGUUGAAGGGCCUUAGUAUCUUCUACUGUAGUAAAAUUCCAAUAAACUUUUUCUUCUUAAAAAAUAGUAAUAAAAAAAUAAAAUAAAAUAAUACCAAUAAACCCCCGAAAUUUAUCCCCAAAAAAGCAUCAGCUUCUAGUCCCUCUAUGACUAUCCCACUCUCCCACAAAACCCACUCACAAUAGAAUUUGGCGGGCUGUGAAACUCUACUUCUCCGCUUCCACUCUCCAUAAACGUGAUGGAACUGCUCCUAUUCCACUCUCAUUGUUUCUGUAAUGGUGGGAAAAAAAAAAAAAUCAAAUCUCACUUUUCUCUUUCCUCGUUCUGGUUUGCAAGACAUCUUUCUGGAGGCUGAGGUUACGAUUUGUAGAGUACAUAUCAGACAACUUAUUUGCGGACUUCGGUAAUGAGAUCCAGUCAGCAGGAUGCUGAUGGUACAAAUGCUUCUUUUAAAAGAAAUAGACCAACAACAACUAAGCGAGGUGCAACACGCAUGAAGAAGGUUGUUCGAGCCAGGAAUAGAAAAAUGGUUUUUCCAGUACAGUGGAACUCAAAAGGCCAACCUAUUGGAAAUAAUAGUGUGAUCAUGUCAAGUUAUUUGGGAGCCACAACACGAAGCACAAUUCCUAUCAAUUAUGAAGAUUGGGAUCGAGUUCCUUAUGCUUUGAAAAAUGCAAUUUGGGAAGAUGUCUCGAAAACUAGCGAGGAUAAUCGACAAAGAGCAAAGAAAAACAAAUAUCCUCAAAAGCGUUCCCAUAGAGGAUGUGCUCGCUUAGAGCAGGAUAUGUUAGCUGAGUUGGCUUCUACUGAUAAUCCAAUGACUUCUAUACCACGAGCAUCUAUGUGGAAGGCUAUACGAAGUGAUAAGAGAACUGGGAAAGUUUAUGAGAAAGCUCAAGAAGUUGCGGAGAAAAUUGAUAUGCUAGAAAACCUUGCUGCUAAUGGCGAGUUUCCAGAUUCCGGGCGCGAGGAUGUGCUCUUCAAGGCUUUAGGAAAUAAGGCAGAGCAUGGAGGUCGUGUAAGGGGUGUUGGUUCUGGUGUUAAUAUCACAGAUUAUUUUGGAAGCUUAAAAAAUCCUAAAGAGUCACAAGAUGAGGUAAAGGAUUUAAAAUCAAUGGUGAUGGCUAUGUCAAACGAGUUAAGGGAGUUGAGAUCGUUAGUAAAUUCGGGAACUCAGUCCAAGAAGACAACUAUUUGUGAUACUAUCAUUGCCGAAGAGAAUGAGGAGGAGCUCACUCCAAGUUGCAAUAGUCCUAUCGAAUUUCCAGAGGGCUUGACUGCGUGUGAACUAGCACUCUCAGAGCCAAGUUAUCGCAUUGUGGCUACAGGCAAGGUGCAUAACAUCCCAAAUGUUGCACGUGUUGUACAUGGUGUACCACUAUUGUCCAACCAAGUUAGAGUGUCGAUUGAGUACAUUUAUGAGAAACAAGCUCUGCUGCCGGUACCUCUUAAAGAUGAAGCUUAUACUCUAAAUGAAGCUCUAGGCACACAUGUUGCUUGGCCUUGCCAUUUAGUAAUUAUUGCCGGAAAGAUCCCAACACAGCCUACAUCAAAAGCAAAACAAACUAAUUGCACCAAGGGUUCAAAAAACGAUAACCAAGUUACUGCCUUUCCAAGCUUGCAGACUACAUCAAAUGCAUUAAAGACAAGAUCAUUUCCUGGGCAAACCAAUGCAAAGAUUCCAAUAACACCAAAAGUCAAAGAAAAAGAAGUUGAUCAAUCUUGGCAAGCAAAAAAACCUGAAGAGCAGACAACAUCAAAGACUAAGCUUUCAACAGUUGACAUGGAAGUGGUUAUUAAUGUUGAUGCCCUACCUCAUGAAUUAAGAUUGACAUAUAUGUAUGCUAAAAGAAUGAAAAAAGACGAGCAGAUAAUGAUUCCUAUGGAAGAAGCAAUAGUGAAUCAAUCUCAACAAAUUUAUAUGGGCAAGGAGGAGAUUUUUCAAUUAAUUGCCCAAGAAGAAAUAGGUGCUUGCCACAUGUCUGCAUAUAUCAUGUUAAUGUAUCGCAAUUGUCAAGCAACGGGGAAGAGCAAAUUUGGGUUUUUAUGUCCGUCCUCAAUAUCUUUAGUGGUGCAAAGUAGACAUGAAGAAAAGAUUCAGGAGAACCGUGUAGAACGAGCACGUUAUAUUGUUAAUGCACUUCAGGGGACUACAAGGAAAGAAAAAGUUUAUUUGGCACCAUACAAUGCUGGGCGCCAUUGGAUAUUAUGUGUGAUUGAUCCGGAAGCUGAUGUUGUCUAUUAUUUGGACCCCUUACGAAAGGAAAAUUGUCCUAUUGGAGAUGAUUUACGUAGCGUUGUAGAGACGGCAUUACUUAUAUAUCAAAAUCAAGUUGUAGGAAGUAAGAAGGUGAAGAAAAGUACAACUUGGUCCAAAAUUCAGUGUCCUCGUCAGAAUAAUGGUGUAGAUUGUGGUUACUAUGUCCUAAGGUUCAUGCGAGAUAUCAUUGCUCAUAACCAACCACAAAUUCCGGAAAUGUACUUUUCAGAUUGUUUAUGGCCCAACUAUAGCACAGAGCAAAUUGAUGAAGUGAAAACUGAGUUGGCACGCCACAUUCUCUACUUUGCUAGUUGAUUUAGGAAGUUAAAACUAAUUGGUGGACAAAUCAUUAUGUUUAGAUUUCUUAUUAGUUUAAUGUUUCUCAAAUCGUUAAAGUUAAUAUUAUGAAUGCUUCGUAUUUUAUUUUUCUAUUACAAUGGACACCGUGAAACUUAUUAGUUUUUUAUUUUAUAUAUAUACAAUCCAUUUGGUUGUGUAAAUUUAGUUGUGUUUGUAUAGAUAGU